GGUAACCCCAUCGUGAACUAUCCGAGCGACAUCGGCGUCAUAGUGAACAUGAUACGGGGCCCCAACGCCAUACCCAAGACCCGCGAGCAGUUCGACAUGACUUUCGGCAUCGGCGGGCUCGAGAAGAAUUUCGACCUCCUGCGGCGGGGAUUGGAGUGCGCGAUGCUUCACCACAGCCGAGACCCGGGCGACCCCAGCUACCCCCGCCGCAUGAACGCGCCCGGGCACUUUUACGUGAUGUCUCCGGCGCAGCGGGAGGCUCACGACCAGCAGCAUCCUCCCGACGGCGACGACCACCGAGUCCUGGAGACGGACCAGUACUUCACGCGCAUGAGACAGAUCGCCAACGCGGUCUAUCUGGACCCGGGGGGCCGACCCCUGCGGGGCGACGAGGAGGAGCGCGCCGUCGAAGACGCUCUCGAAAAUAAGAUGUAUGCCGGAGCGGGGAGGGCCGAUGUGGUGCGUCGGUUCAACGCCCCCGCGGGAGAUCCCGAGCGGUAUCGAGCGAUCAUCCUCACGGACGCCGGGAGCAAGGGCUUGAACCUGCUGGACACCCGGCAGGUCCACGUGAUGGAGCCGCAAUUCAAUCGUAGUCGGGUGGAGCAGGUCAUCGCGAGGGCCAUCAGGAAGGACAGCCACGCCCGACUCCCUUCGGAGGAACGGACGGUCACCGUGCACGAGCACUUUUGCGUGAUGCCCGGGUCCGUCGAGGACGACGCUCGGCUGGUACCCAGGGUGCCGGGCUGGCUGACAGCCAACUCGGGGGAUUCGAUCGUGCGUCAGAUCGCCGAGACCAAGCGAGCGAGGAACGACCUCUUCGUGCGGGAGCUGGAGCGCAUCGUCGGUCAGAACGAGGCGACGUGCUGA